GCAUUGAGACAUCUGACAAGAAAAUAGUAAGUCUUUACUCGGUCUGCAGUCUAAACGUUUGGAGGAAGUUUGGCUGAGACGUUACCAAUUCCCCUUUUGGUUUGUGAUAUCGGAUCAAGUUAAUAGAUAUGUUGCCUACAACGCUGACCGGAGCCACGCUGGCAUUCCUAGGAAUGCUGUCUUUUGCACUGCGUAAUGUGCGGGCUACAGAGUUCGUGAGUGUACAACUAGGUCCGACUCAAUGGCUGAGAGGGAAAGUGACCACUCUUUCCACUGGACAGCCGAUGAAUAUCUUCAGGGGAGUUCGCUAUGCUCAACCUCCAACAGGCUCCUACCGAUUUGCUGAGCCUCGUCCGAGCUCUGGGUGGAACGGAAGCCAAGAUGCACUGGAGGACAAGCCGAGGUGUUUACAGACCUGGCUACCAGAUCCUCUUAAACCUGAAUCGGAAGACUGCCUGUUUCUGAACGUGUUCUCUCCAAAUGUAACCGGUACCGUUCCCGUGAUGCUUUUCAUCCAUGGAGGAGCCUAUUACAGAGGCAGCGAAGACAUUUUUGAUGCCUCUUUACUCGCUUCCCAAGGCGUGGUAGUAGUCUUAAUAGAAUACCGUUUAGGCUUGUUCGGAUUCUUGUCCAACUCUGACCAUGUGAUACCAGGAAAUUACGGAAUGCUGGACCAGGUCUUAGCGAUGAAAUGGGUACAAAAAUACAUUCAUGUUUUCGGAGGAGACCCUGAGAUGGUAACAAUUUUCGGGCAAAGCGCGGGGUCUGCCGGCGUUUCGCUGCAUGUGUUGUCACCUUUGUCUAAAGGUCUUUUCAAACGAGCAAUUAUGGAAAGUGGUGUGUCCCUGAGCCCUUUUGCAAUAUACAGGGCAAAAACAAAGUUGCAAUCAUCCAAUUACACUUCUUUAUUGGGCCAGGAACUUGGUUGUCGGACAGACAGUUCGAAGGUUCUUCUGGGCUGUUUGCGUGAAGCAAACGCUAUACACAUGAUGGAAGCAAGCAGUCGAAUCCGAUGGCACACUCACAGCGACAUUCUUGCAACUCCAACUGUGGAGACUACGUAUGGCUUUCUCCCUGAUUUGCCAUACAAUCUAUUGAAGUCUGGACAAUUCAAUAAAGUCGACACACUUCGUGGUUACAAUUCUGGUGAAUGGUCUUUUGUCAUUUUCGAUCCCGUUGAUGAAGGAAUAAGUCGAGAUGCUUUUCCAAAAAAUUUUGCUCGAAUGUUCAAGACGUAUGGAAGUACACAAGACUUCGAGACCAUUGUUUUAAAGUCAAUAGAAAACGCUUAUUUGGGACAGCACACGGACAAAAAAGUAAUUAGAUCGCAGCUCGUUGAUGCUCUAGCACACUUCGCGUUUGCCCUUCCUGGUGUGUUAGAAAGCAGAAGUAUGACAAAAUAUGCUCCAAACCACAAGCACUACUUCUACGAGUAUGAUUAUAGAGUGAGCGAACUCGUAUCUAUUAUAUCCGUGCUUCCUAAGUGGAUGAAGAUAGUGCAUACUGGAGAACUCAAAACGCUUUUCCUUGAGGAUGGACACAUUUUCGCUUCAGAAACAGACAAGGCUGUUGCAAAACAGAUGCAAACAAUGUGGGCCAAUUUUGCUAUAUUCGGAAACCCCACAGAGAAAAAUGUGCCACAACAUUUGCAGUGGGUGCCAUACACAGAACAGAAUAAUGCCAUGAUGAAAAUUUCAGAGAACUCUAAAAUGACUACCUUUUCAAGACCAGAAAAUGUACCCAUGUAUGAGAAAUUAUUAAAAAUUGCAGCUGGAAUUACCCCUGAUCUUUUUGUCGAACAACCUCUCUUCGAGAUUUUAAACAUUUGUUUCGUCAUAAUAUUACAAUUCUUGCCCUGUCCUUAUCUCGCCAAAGGCUUUUGUAAUUACAAGGCUCCAGAUGAAUUUAUCUUCACUCAGCAAAACAACUAUAAAAGUUUGGUGGAAUUAGGUCGCUGUUGCAUUUGCCGAAAGAUUUCAAUUGUAUCGCCAUCAACCAAGAUGGGGAUUUCCUCUUGUCUAACAUUUCUCUUGGUCGUCCUCUGCGGCGUCGCCCACUGUAGACUCCGGCGCCAGACAAGCACACCUGACUACGUGACGGUGGAGCUGAGCGCCGGUCAGUCAUUGAGAGGGGAGAAGAUCACCAAAGACGGCCAGGGGCUCAAUGUCUUCAAAGGAAUACGAUAUGGAGCAGCACCUGUCGGUUCACUGCGGCUUGCAGCUCCCCAAGAAGCCCCAAGUUGGACAGGAAGUCAAGAUGCCCUCGAUUUACCACCGAUAUGUUGGCAGAGGAAACAAACAGACCCCCAUCACGCCCAGUCGGAAGAUUGUUUGUUCCUCAAUGUCUACUCUCCCGAUAUCAACGGCUCCUUAUCUGUCAUGGUCUGGAUACACGGCGGGUCCUACAACAGAGGAGCUGGCAUCCGGCAAGACCCAUCACAGCUCGCACGUCAUGGCGUGGUCGUGGUCACUCUGAACUAUAGACUAGGGCCCUUUGGGUUUAUGUCCAGCGGUGACGAUACGAUUCCUGGAAACUUUGGCUUAUUAGAUCAGAACCUGGCUAUGAAGUGGGUCCAGAAACAUAUUACAGCCUUUGGGGGUGACCCUGCUUCUGUGACAAUCUUUGGUCAGAGUGCUGGGGCUGCCUCUGUGUCUCUGCAUCUGGUUUCUCCGUUAUCGAAGGGCCUUUUCAAAAGAGCAAUUAUGGAGAGUGGGUCUUCGUUAGCUUCCUUUGCGGUCGAAAGGCCAGCAACCAAAUUUCAACAAUCAAAUUAUACAAGUGAAAUGGGUGUACGGCUUGGUUGCAACGACACCGAUUCCCCAAGUUUGCUCACUUGUUUUCGGAACGUACCGGUCUCCCAGAUUUUGGACGAAGACCAUAACAUGAGAGAAGAAACUGGAACUGAUAUUUUGGUAACACCGACAGUUGAAACCGCUUUUGGAUUCUUGCCAGACUAUCCUUCCAACCUACAAAAAGCGGGAAAGAUAAAUGCAGUAGAUACACUUAGCGGGUACACAAAUGGAGAACUGUCGUACUUGAUCAGCGAUCCUGAUGAGGACGGAGUAACACGCUCUGAGUUUCUGCCCACUUUCAGGAAGACAAAUCAAACAUAUGCGUUUAAUAAAGAGAGCGUUCCUGUUGUGGACAGGUUCAUCGAAUCUUAUUACUUAGAAAACGCAACCAAUCCUAUAGCAAUCAGAUCCCGCCUUGUAAAUAGCUUGUCAGAAGGUACUUUCGGUUUACCAGCCGCUCUUGAAAUUCAAAGAAUGCAAAAUGCAGAGGGGUCCGACACGAAAAGGCAUUACUUUUACGAAUACGAAUACAGAAUAAGCGUUUUACUCUCAUUCAUUUCUUUAGCACCAGCGUGGAUGGGAAUAGCCCAUGCUCAAGAUCUUGAAAUUGUAUUCUUCAAUGACAAAAUAAUGGCCACCAAUAGCGAUAGAGCUGUUGCCAACACAGUGCAGACAAUGUGGGCAAACUUUGCCAUGUAUGGGAAUCCCACAGAAAAGAAUGUCAAGCAAGACGGCGUUGAUCUCAACUGGACUCCAUACACAAAAGCCAAUAACGCUAUGCUGAAAAUAGCCGCAAAAUCAGAGAUGACCACGUUCCCCGGAUCUGACAGAGUUUCCAUCUACGCAAAACUGCUCGAAAACUUCAUCGGGAACUCUGACGCCGCUUCCCUAACUGUCUGAAGUUGUUGGACAGCGACAAGCGUUAAACAACCUGGGGCCAUAUUUGAUAAAGGAUAAUCUAAGCUCACACCAUGCUCAAACUGUCUUUCCGUGGAUCGCUUCUUUACCCUGACGUCAGUUCACGUAUAUAGUAAAACCAGGUCGCUCCUUGGCUCCACGAUCGGAAAAACUUAAGUACAGCAUUAUACAAACCCGCCCCCCCCAAAAAAACCAAAAAACAAACACCAAACGAUCUGCUCGCAUGCUUUCAGUAUGGCAUCUUCGAACUUGGGGCUUAAACCAUCAUGUCAAUGUUUUUCUUUCGAUCGCUACUACAGUGGAGACUAAUUGCAAACAGUCUUGUUGUAACCGCAUUUAUAUUCUAAGUUUUUUAAAAAAUGAAUUUUUUGUUAAAAAUGUUUAUUUAGUAAUAAUAAAUCACACUUUAUCGAUCCUC